CGCGCGGAGCCGCCGGCGAGCUGCCUUUCCGUUACAGGAGCCCCGGCCGCCUCUGGCUGCGGCUGCAGAUGCGCGCCCGGCGCCCCCUCCCGCCCAGUCCCCUCCUCCAGUGGCUCUCGCUCGCCCUCUUCCCUCCCUCUGCAGCGCAGGCCGCCUCUGGGUGCUCCGGGCAGUGAUCUGCACGCGAGCCCCUCGAGUAGCCGCCUCAGCGCGAGCAGAGCGCCCAGCCCCGGGUGCGCGUGGCGCCCCCUCCCAGCGGCCGAGCGACAAUGAGCGGCGGCGCGGAGGUCGUGGAGAGCAGCGAUGAUUACAAUGCCUGUCCAGGAGAAAAAGGCACUUUCUUACAUUCCUGCAUUCACCAUCUGUUGGCUGGCAAACUGGCCACCUUACCUGAAGGGCAGAGAGAGACAGAGGAAGGAGGCGCGCCAUUCCAGAUUGGAGAUGAUAGCAUUUCUGAGAGCAGUUCUGAAAGUGAAUCUGAUAAUGGGGAGCCAAAACCAGAAAAAACAAAUGACGAGCCAGGAGAGUCUUCCCCCGAAGAAGCUUCUGCUCAGGCUGAAGGAUGGGAGGAUAAAGAUCUGCCCACAGAUCAUUUUAAUUCAGAAUUCAAUAAAAUCCAACCUUACUGUGAACACUGUAAUGCUGAAAAUAAACACAAUGAACAAGUGACCCCCAGGCUCCUUUCCCGGGGCCAGUUUUUACUGAAGGUGGACACCGAGGGAAUUUACCAGUGCACGGAAACUGGUCUGAUAUUUGAGGUUAACAGAAAAGUUGACAUCAAGUAUUGCGUUUUGUCCUGGAGCAAAUAUGCAGACCUGGUUGUUAAGCCCUGGGUUGUCGGUGGACCCUUGUUUGAUGUUAAAUGUGACCCAACCUGUCUUACCUCCAUUCAGUUUCCACAUUCCCUCUGCUUGGGUCACCACGAUGCUAAUAUGACAUUCAAAGUCUUACAUGUUAAAAAUACCGGGGCUGCAUUAGAAUCUACUGUGGAUCAUUCUGCAACCCAUGUCAAAUGGCAUGUCAGCUCUCUUUCUCCUGUGGGACCUGUCAUUCAAAGUGAGGAAACCGUACAGCACCACGGGGCUGUGAUUCUAUACAAGGCCGUUGACCAUAAUCCAUCCUUGUCUUUUAGAGUAUAUGUGGCAACUAAUAAUGAGUCCUUCAUCAAGGAUAUUUCCAAGUCUGUGAAGCACUCCUCUAAGAAAUUCAUGAAAAUCGACAAGCCUCCUGUUUGCCACAAGUUAUUACAGAGCGGGAAGAAAUACAGACUGAUCAGUGAGCCAGAAGCUGAAAUUACCCCAGAGGAAAUUGAAUUUGUUGAUGGCUCACUUUUGAAAUUGAAAAGUUAUAUUGAAGUGUAUUUGGAGCAACCCGUGGAAUUUAAAUUACUUUUGGUUGAAAUGGAUUCUGAGGAAAUUGUGUGGAAAGCAAAACUGAGAGAAUGUGACUGGGUUCAGCAUGAUCAGAAUCAGAACAUCUCGAAAAGCAACAUAAGUGGUAACAGAAGACGAAAAAUGAGUAGCAGCUUACCUGAUGAGGAGAUCUAUGAUAAAAGAAUCAAGCAGGUUGACGCUUCAGAUGGAGCAAAGACUAGAACCCUGUUAACUGACACUCAGUUGAUUACCCUUGCUGGGAAGUUGGGGAAGGACUGGAUAAAAAUUGCCAUUGCCAACCUGGAGUUGGAUAUCAACGAUGUUGAUGACAUCCGGAAGAAGAACGAAGAUGUUACCCUUUGGAAGUUUAGGAUGCUGAAGAAGUGGCAAGAAAAGGAGCAGAGUAAUGCCACAGCCCAGAAUUUAUAUAACUGCUUGAAAAACGCCGUCUCCAUUGAAAUCCAAAAUGUUCUGGAAGGUUUCUUGUGAAGUUGGGAAGAUGAACUGAUAAAGGAAACCUCAGGAACUUUCACCCGCAAAAGACCAUUUCAACUGGUAAUUAGGUCUAGAUGGAUGAGACCUUGAACUUCACAGUCAGUGGAAGCAGCUCCUUUCACAGGGACGCUCUGCAGCUCACAUUAUUCAGGGGCCAAGAGAAUGUAAAAUAUUUGGAAAACUUGAGGAAGAAAAAACCUCUAUAAUAUCAGGAUUUGUUUUUUUGCACCUCCUACUCACACAAACACAUAUACUCACUCACAAAGGGUGCUUAAAAUGACUCAACUCAGGCAGGUGAGAAAUGUGGUGAUUUUCCGUUUGGAGUCUGUGAAGUAUGAAAUUCCUAUCAACUGUUUGCAACAUUUUUAGCAAUUAAGUGGUGUACUUAAACUUGCACUAAUUUACUUUCACUUUUUUCGUAUUGACAUUAAUAACAAAGAGAGUAUCCUGUUCUUUUAGCUCCCACUCCGACAAGAUACACCUGCCCCGGGAUAUACUAUAUCCUUUUAUUUGGGUUAUGAUUUUCACGUCUCCCAUUACUAACUAACCUGUCGGGCUAAUGGUCUGUGAAAUCGUUAAGCCAAUCAUGUUACCUGGUCGUAGAACGAUUACAAAGAAAUGUAAUCCCCUCCCCAUCGAUGUUGGUAUGUAAACUCAGAGGUGAUCUCCUAAUCUCACUGGGGAAGUUCACUGAAUCAGUGAACAAGUUACAUCAAGUUACUUCAGCCUUAUGAUAUCACCAGGCCAAACACUACGUUUCUUGACUUUCAACCUGGGAUCAUUUACUUUCUGAGGGGAAAAAAAUUGCCACUCAGAAAUGGACUUAGUGAGACCACAGAAAAACUGUCAUCUCUUCUUGAAGAAGACUUGCUCCAAGGAAUGAUAGGCCACAUUGGCUCUUGUUAAUUGAAGUGUUUUUUUUUUUUAACGUGUAGAUAUUGUCACUCUCAGAAUGACGUAUGUGGUGAUUAACAUUUUGGAUGUAUUUUGUUAACUUAUCUGAAGAAACUAAAUUGCUGUUAGUUUUCUGUAGGAAUUAGCUGGACAGUAAAAUAAAUCUCAAUGAAUUAAUCAAAGAAACACACUUUAUUGUUUUGCCUGUGAAGAACAAAUUCACUUUAUAGGGAAGAAUGUAUUUUUAAUUGUCAGGGAUCCUGUGGAGUUCAAAUCAGUGUCACUUUAUGAAUUUUUUUUUAAUUGUACUAUAUUUUAGGAAACACAUGGAGUUUUAGAAGUGUAAAAUACUUGUAAAGGACUUGAAUUUUUAAAUGUUUAUUAUUUUUCAUAAGUUGUUUUCCCAGGAAAAGCAUAAUUUCAGAGGUGGUUUGUAUGUAAGCUGGCUUCUUAACAAUUUUCAAUCAUACUCAUACUACGGAUUAAGGGAAGGAAAUAAAUCUGCAUUUGUACAGUG